AUGAGAGUUAUGAAGAUGAGACUGCAUUUUUGCUUGCUGGUGAAAUGCCCACACCUUCUGCCAAGAGACCAAGAUCAUUCUCCUGGGCACCAAAUCCUGCACAGAACUUGCCAGAUGCCAGUGUAUGUGCCCACCUGAAAGCAGAGCUAUGGAAGAAGGGUCUUGUAGCUUUGAGGAGAAAAUGGCUCAUCAUGUUUCAAUUGGCUGCUAUCAUCUUAGCUGCCAUUGUUAUCAUGAUCAGUGCCAACAAAGUGGCAUCAGACUUUGCUGUCAGCCAUUUGAGGGAAGAUUCACCAGAUUCAACAACCUCAAACCAUGCAGCAAAACUACAAAAUGCUGACAAAAUUAUAACUUGUGGGAAGUUGAAGGAUUUG